GGGCCCCCAGCCUCCACAGGCCCCCCCAGCCUUCACAGGACCCGCAGCCUCCACAAGGGCCCCCAGUCUCCACAGGGAUGCCCAAAAAUCUCCGCCAGAAGUUACUGUCUCUUGUCUCCACAGACCGAGUCGUCCCAUUUCUUCGGUUACGUCUACUUCAGACAAGUGAAGGACGUCUCUGUGAGGAGAGGAUACUUCCAGAAGUCUCUGGUGCUGGUAUCCAGGUUACCGUAUUAUGGGAUGUUCCACGCGAUGCUGCAGGUCGUUGCUCCAGAGUUCUUCGACAAGCUGCAGCCGUGUCUGGAAGCAGUUUGCAGCGAGAUCGACCAAUGGCCUUCCCCCGUUCCUGGACUGACGCUCCACCUGCCGCUGAUGGGCAGGGUCUUACAGGUUCGGAUUCCUUCCAGAACCGACCAAUCAGGAGGAAGUCCCAUCCGACAGACUGGUCGUCGUCAGGUGUUGCCGGCGCCAACCGUGCUGCCCUCCGUCCACGAGCUGGACCUCUUCAGGUGUUUCCAGCCGGUCCUAGUUCACCUUCAGAUGCUCUGGGAGCUCGUGUUGCUAGGGGAACCACUGGUCGUUAUGGCACCGUCUCCAACCGUCUCCUCGGAAACUGUGCUGGCUCUCAUCAGCAUUAUCAGUCCUCUGAGGAGCUGCUGUGAUUUCCGUCCCUACUUCACCGUCCACGACAGCGAGUUCAGAGAGUUCACCACCAGGACGCAGGCGCCGCCUAGCGUGGUCCUGGGCGUCACCAACCCGUUCUUCAUCAAGACAUUCCAGAACUGGCCGCACAUCGUCCGGCUCGGAGAAACCAAGAUGGCCGGUUAUUUACCCAAACAGGUGAAGGUGAAGAAACUGUCCAAGCUGAAAACUCUGGACACCAAACCAGGCAUCUACACGGAGUUCAAGACGUUUCUACACAAAGACAAGAUUUUAAUUAAAAGACUUCUGAAGGGGAUCCAGAGGAAGCGCCCCCCCGAGGUCCAGACCUCCAUCUUGAGGCGACACCUGCUGGAGCUCACGCAGAGUUUCAUCAUCCCAUUGGAGCGGUACAUGGCGAGCCUGAUGCCUCUGCAGAGGUCGGUGACACCGUGGAAGACCCCCCCUCAGAUCCGUCCCUUCAGUCAGGAAGACUUCCUGUCCACUCUGGACCUCGCGGGGCCUCCUCUGACCUCAGGACUCAAAGGGGAUUGGACGGGACUCUACAGGAAGUUCUUCCGAUCUCCGAACUUUGACGGCUGGUUUCGGCAUCGCCACAAAGAGAUGACGCAGGAACUGGAGCGUCUCCACCUGGUCGCCCUCGGAGACGCCGACCUGAUGGGUUGGACGAGGGAAAAGUCGGAAGUGGAAAUUGUCGACUUUAUUCUGAAGCUCAGAGAGAAACUAAAUAAAGCUCGGCGGCAGCAGCUGCAGGUGAAGGACGGCGUUCUGGAGAAACUGGAAACUUCCAUCGCCGCCGCCGUGGGCUCGCUGCCCGCCGCGCUGCAGCCACUGGUCACCUGACUCCGCCCACUGGUCCACUGGCUCCGCCCACUGACCCCCUGACCCCGUCUACUGGUCACCUGACUCCGCCCACUGGUCCACUGGCUCUGCCCACUGACUCCGUCUACUGGUCACCUGACUCCGCCCACUGGUCCACUGGCUCCGCCCAUGACCCCAUCUACUGGUCACCUGACUCCGCCCACUGGUUCCGCCCACUGACCCCGUCUACUGGUCACCUGACUCCGCCCACUGGUCCACUGGCUCCGCCCACUGACCCCCUGACCCCGUCUACUGGUCACCUGACUCCGCCCACUGGUCAUGUGACCUGGCUCCGCCCUGCCGCCGCUGGUCACCUGACUCCGCCCUUCAAGUCCAGGUUGAUUUGAACAGAAGUUACUUUUGUUUUUGGUUAUUAACGUUAUUUGACUCUAUAUUUUACCUCUAAGUUAUUUAUAUCAGAACUCAGUGAAUGUAACAAAUUAU